AUGGAAUUCAUGGACAGAGCUAAAGCGUUACCUUUUGGGUUGGAAUUUUCGUCACUUUCCGGUGGAGAUUCAUCCUUCUUAGGUUCAUCGUCUUCCCACGCCAACAGAAUCUAUUCUGGUGGUGGCUCCUACCCAGAAGUUAUAUCAAGUGCCCAAGCAGAAUGGUUCCGGCAUAAAUCUCAAGAGAUCAAUCCUGAUUCAAGUGUUCCUGAGAUAGUUUUUUGGCAUAUACCAAGUAGAGCUUAUAAGAAAGUGGCUCCAAAAUUUGAAAUACACAGGCCUUGUGUGGGUUCAAUUAAUAAGGAAAGUGUUGCUCCUCAAGAAGCUGAAAUGGGUAUAAUGAAAAUUCUCGUCAAAAGGUCUUCUAUCAAGGCAGUGUUUGUUGGACACAACCUUGGAUUGGACUGGUGCUGCCCCUACUGGAAGCUCUCGCUUUGCUUUGCUAGACAUACCGGCUAUGGUGGCUAUGGAAAUUGGGCCAGAGGAGCUAGAAUUGUGGAGAUCACUGAAGAUCCUUUCUCCAUUACAUGGAUAAGGAUGGAAGAUGGAGAUGUACAUAGUGAAGUUAUCUUGAGUUGAUAAGUUGCAGCUUCCAUCAUGGAUUGAAAAAUGCUUAAAAUAAGAUGAAAAAGGUGAAAUGUAAAUGGUAACUAUAAAUAUUUAUGUUGGAUAAAUCAUCCUUGUGUUCUCUGUAUAGUUGAUAUGUAAAUGCGUAAAAGGCCAGAUACUCGGUGCUUCUUGUUAGUGAAAAAUUUCAUGAAACACUUCAGCAAAUUCAUGUUGAUAGGUUAA